UAAGAUCCCGUUAUAGAACGACCUUCACCGAGAUGCUUAUUUAAUGAAACGUAUUUUAUAUUUAAUUUAAUAUGUCAAUAAAUAUAAUCCAUAUGGGUUGCCUAGCAAAUUUCAGUCCAGAGUAUGUUUAAUUAAUAAUUAAAAAAAAAUAUUUUUUUAAACAUUUCACCGGUAUGAUUAUUAGAUAAAUUCUAUACCAAUCGAAAGUAUGAAGCCCAUAGAAUACACAAACGUUAGGUUGCCUAUUCUUUUCCGGUCACAACUAUCGGGUUGCCAGGUAUAAACAGGUAAAUCUGUACUAGCAUUUUGCAACGUUCUGUUUAUUGGAUGAAAUUUAAAUCAAAUUAAAGAUUAUUUUAUUCUGAACACGGUGGUAUAGGGUUGCCAGCGAAAAAUAAGUCCAGAAUUGCGGUUGUCGAAUUUUAAAAAGUUAAAUAUUGCUCCGAGUGAAUGUGUGCGACUGAGAGGUCCCAACCAACCAUCCCAUGCGAUAGAAGAGGACACAGCAUAGCAGCUGUGUAAAGUCCGGUCAUUUAAAGAAAGAGAGUGCGCAUGCUCUUUGGGCUUGGAAAAGAAAAGGAUAGCGAUAGACUAUGCAUCAUUUUGGAGUAGAGUGUCGCUAUAAAUACAAUUGAAAAAACGUGCUACUAUUUAUUGUUGGAAAAAAUGGCAAAAAAGUGUUUUUUGUGUGGAUCGGAUGGUGAAAUAAUUGACUUUAAUGAUGAAACUUUCAAAAACUGUGUAUUAAAGUUAGCUUUUCGUAAAAAAAAACACUUUAAAUACAAUUUUGUUGAGCUACCCAGUGCGUCUCUUCAAUUUGUAGGUUAUCAUACCACGUGCUACAAGAAAGUGACCGUUUUGAAUAAAAAAUAUAACGAAGAAUUUCUUAAUUUUAGUGUUGAAUAUACAGAGCAUAACAAUGUAUCUACUACUGAAGAAAAAUCAAAACAGUUGAACCCUAGUGUCGAUUCCUGUGCUACAGUUGCUGAAAAUGAAACGAGUAAUGUUGAAGACCUGGCCCAAACUUCUGGGGACUCUGACACGGAGCAGUCAACAUCAACAGCAUCGACAUCAAGCAGAAUUAUUUGUCUUUUUUGUGACCACAGCCAAAAGAGAUGCGGGAAGAAGCUGGUCAAUCUUACUGUACCUAAUGAUGACAAAGUACCACUGCAGAUAAAAAAUAUAGCGCAAAAUUUUGGCGAUUCGGUGAUUCUCUCCAAACUUCAACAUCAAACUAUCGCGUACCAUCUGCCUUGUUACGCAGUGUAUCAAUCGAAAAAUAAGCGGUCCACGGAAGAAUCUACCCAUUCCAACUAUAGUAAAUAUAGACAGUUACAUCAGUUUGCCUUUCAAUCCAUAUCGAAUUUCAUUGAAACAGAAAUAAUAGAAAACAACAAGGUUAUGUACUUGGCUCAAUUAUUUUUAAGAUACCAAGCUUUAUUGUUGGAGUUUGGAAAUCAUGAAAUUGAUUUCGAUGAUAUUCAAGAUUACCGAUGUGAAACCUUGCAAAAAAAGUUAAUGAAGAAAUUUCAGGAUCGUAUUACGAUUGAAGCGUCAAUGGGAAUACGUAACAAAAAAAUUGUUUAUAAAACAGACAUGGACGUCUCUGUAAUGGCAAACAAUUUCAAACUUUAAGAAAGUAAUUAUGAAUGUCAUCAUGAAGAGGCAGAUACAAGGAUUAUUUUUCAUGCUUCUAAAGCGGAACCAGGCUCAAGGAUUUUAAUUAAAGCCUCUGAUACUGACGUUUUGAUAAUUUUGUUAGGAAAUAUGCACAAACUUAUCGAAUCAGAAAUUUGGCUUGCCUGUUCAGCAACUAGAAAGACUAAUAAUCAAACUGUUGAUUGCAUUAAUUGCACGGA